AUGAAGGGACUGCGUAAACUGACAGCAUCUGCAAUGGCACUGUUCUUGGCAGCGUCCUUCAUAUCUUUCUCCUGGAGCACACCUCAGGCUCAUUUCCAAAGGAGAAACUGGACUCCUCAGGCUAUGCUCUAUUUGAAGGGUGCACAGGGACGUCGAUUCAUCUCAGAUGAGAGCCAGCGAAAGGAUCUGUAUGACAGAAUGCAGCUUGAAACACGCAGCCAAAACACAAAUCCUUUAUCUCUUUCUGAAGCUGCAGCACUGUUCCAUAGUUCCUUACGGAAAGCACAAGAAGAAGUUGAAGAAGAAAACAGUGAUCACCCUGGCUACUUGACAGAUAAUCUAUCAAAUUGGUGA